AACAAAGAGAUGUUCCUGGUAUCGACUGUGCCUACUUAGCCAUGGAUACUGAAGAAGGUGUAGAAGUCGUUUGGAACGAAGUGCAGUUUUCGGAAAGGAAGAAUUUCAAAUCUCAAGAGGAAAAAAUCCAACUCAUUUUUGAAAAUCUCACACAACUGGAGCAUCCGAACAUUGUCAAAUUCCACAGAUAUUGGACUGACACUCAUAACGACAAGCCUCGGGUUAUAUUCAUCACAGAAUAUAUGUCGUCUGGAUCACUAAAACAAUUUUUGAAGAGGACCAAACGAAACGUUAAGAAGCUGCCACUUCAAGCUUGGAGGAGAUGGUGUACUCAAAUCCUCUCAGCUCUGAGUUACUUACAUUCCUGUUGUCCGCCCAUCGUCCAUGGGAAUCUCACCUGCGAUACCAUAUUUAUCCAACAUAAUGGGCUCGUCAAAAUUGGAUCAGUUGCUCCUGAUUCAAUAAACCAUCAUGUUAAAACGUGCCAGGAGGAUUUCAAAAAUAUGCAUUUUAUUGCUCCCGAACAUCCCACAAAAAUGGGUCCACCAAUUGAUAUUUAUUCGUUUGGGAUGUGCGCAUUAGAGAUGGCUGCCUUAGAAAUUAUUGGUAACGGAGAUUCUGGAAAUAAAGUGACAGAAGAAAACAUAAAGAAGACGAUAGAUUCCUUGGAAGACGAGCAUCAGAAGAGUUUCAUCUUGAAUUGUUUAGCACCGAAACCCGAAGACAGACCUACAUCAAAAGAACUGUUAUUUCACCCUCUUCUCUUCGAAGUUCACAGUUUGAAGCUUUUAGCUGCACACUCCUUGGUUAGGAAGAGUGCCAACAUAUCGGACACAAUAACAGACGAACUGAUGCAGAGGUGGUACGGUCCCGAUGUCAUCGUGGCGGAGAUGAAACGAAGAAGCGGAGAGUGUGUCCAGAUGAAAAUGGCCAACAUUACCGUGACGGAGAAACUAGAGAAGUUUGUCGAAGAUGUCAAAAAUGGCAUCUACCCAUUGACGGCGUUUGGUACCAAGCAGCCCCCUCCAUCCCGUUCGAGGGCGAUAUCACCGGAAGUGACAGAAUCCGUAAAAUCUGUUACCCCUGAACCAACUGAUGUAGAAACUAGGAAAAUUGUUAAUAUGAUGUGUGAUGUUAAAUCCAAAGAAGAAAGCUGUGAUUUAUUGUUGACUAUUGUACUCCGAAUGGAUGAUAAAAUGAAUAGGCAGUUAACUAGUUGUAUAUCACCUGGGGACAAUCCGAAGGUUUUAGCACAGGAAUUAGUCCAUUAUGGUUUUAUAAAUGAAAUAGACCGUGAUAAAAUAGCCAGCCUAAUUGAAGAAUCAUUGCAACACACCACAUCGACUUCGGGUCACAGCAGUCCUGCGCACACUUUUCCCACCUUAACUACCAUCCCCAUAUUGACUACGAUACCACAGCCUGUGCCAGUUAUACCGAAUUCCUUACAACCUAUAGCAGGGACGACACAAGUACCCAUGCACACUACUAGUUAGUAAACUGCCUAUUUCAAUUUUCAGAAGUAGAUUUCCCCGCCAUCAUGGGGUUCCACAACGGUAGGGCCCCUCAUAAUUAUUUCGAGAAGACUGUUUUCAUUUGGAGUAGAAGUAUCCGUUGGACGUCUCGCUAGUCAAAAUGACCAUGUGUUUUCAAUCUGUGAUCGAGUCCCGUUUAUAUACGACGUUUGACACAAAGUAAUUAAGUUAAAACAAUUAUACGAAAUGGAAGGAGAGGUUUUACAAAAAGGGCAUCGGACUGUUUUUCUUUUAAUUAUAGCUUUUUUAAGAUGUGAUUUGAUUCAUCUAGAAAAGUAGAUUUUAGUUAUAGCGCUUGCUGUUUGCUCCAGGGCGGCUUGUUACUAAAUCGUAAACGAUCUCAAAUUAUGAAGUGGUAGGCAGUAUUAGUUCAGGGAAAUAAGCAAAAAAGUACCCUGUUUGUGACACUAACCCCUCCAGACAAACAACAUAGUACAAACGACAUCUUUUGCAUAGUAUGGAGUUCUGCAACAAGAAUCUGCUGUUUUCUGCGGUUGAUUUUUUGGACUUACUUAAUUAGUUAUUAUUAAAUUAAUGUCAAAAAAACGGUAAAUUUUCGCCUUUUUCAUCUAUUAGCAAAUGGUGAAGCAUUUAAAACAAACAGGGCAAGAAACAUAAGCCAUAUAAAACCCUUCAAAAUGGCGUUUUGUAAGUGUUUCUAUCUUUACUUAUUGCUCGAGAACUUGCAAAAUAAAUAAGAAAUGUCGGUUUUUUAUAAAUGCUAAUAAUUUUUUUUAAAAAUGGUCGAAAAACUUUCAUAUUAAAUGAAAUAUUGGGUACUGUGGUGCUUAAAAUAUGCUCAAAAUUUCAAAGCGAUCGGUCAAAUAGAUUAAAAGUUAUUCUAUUUGUUUAUCCCAAAUUAAUUUUUUUUGUAACAUCAAAAUCAUGAAGUUACGGCUAGCUUAUGAAAGAAGAAUUUUCGAAUUUGGUACAUUACAACUUUAAAGUAUGUUCUUUCAAAUUAAGCUUUUGUCAAAAAAAUGCAAGCCUUAUAGAUAUUAAAAACAUAAUUUUCCUAAAAAAUAAUUUUGCAAUAUGUAAAAUUAUUUUUCUUCAUUUUAUUUUAAUAAUACUGAUAUAAUAAACCUUCUUCGUUCAUAAGCUAACAGUAGCAGAUAUUAAAAACAUCAUUUUCCUGAAAAAUACUUUUAAAAUUAUAUUUCUUUAUUUUUUUUAAUAUUAUUGAUAGGAUAAACCUUCUUCUUUCAUAAGCUCGCAGUAUAAUUACUGUAACUUCAUGAUUGAUUUUCUGACUUAAUACAACAACUUUUAAACUAUCUGACCGAUCGUUUUGAAAUUUUGAGCAUAUUUUAAGCACCACAGUAUGCAAGAUUCCAUUUAAUAUGAAAGUUAUAUGUAUGUUCAUUUUGAAAAAAGUUAAUAAUGUUUAUAAAAAACCGACAUAUCUUACUUGUUUUGCAAUUUUCUAAGCAACAAAAAGGGAUAUAAACAUUUAGAAAACUUCAUUUAAAAAAUGUUUAUAUGGCUUCUUAUAAGUUUCUUAAUCUCAAAGUACCCCGCACAAACCUUAUGGAAAUUAGGUCCCAGUGGAUUUAGUUCGUACUUUGAGAAAAUACUCUUUGUAGCAUCCUGAUGAAAAGUUAUCAUGGGCAGAUCUCGAUCUGAUGGAGGAUUUUUGAGACAU